AUGGGCUCUCCCUUCGACAUCAAUGGUGGUGCCUGUGUCGCCAUGGUGGGCAAGGACUGCGUCGCCAUUGCCUGCGAUCUCCGCUUGGGCAUGCAAGCCCUGACCAUCUCCAACAACUUCCCUAAGAUCUUCAACUAUGCCCCAUCCACCUACCUUGGCCUGACAGGUCUCGCCACCGAUGUCAAUACCGUCUCCGAUCUCUUCCGUUACAAGGUCAACAUGUACCGUCUGCGCGAGGAACGUAAUAUCGCACCCCAGACCCUGGCCAACCUAGUCAGUUCAUCGUUGUAUGAGAAGCGGUUUGGUCCUUUCUUCGUCAGCCCUGUGAUUGCUGGUAUCAACCAAACAUCUGGGAAGCCAUUCAUCUGUGGGUUUGACAGCAUUGGCUGUAUCGAUCUUGCCAAGGACUUCAUUGUGAGCGGAACCGCCAGCGAUCAGCUGUUCGGUACCUGUGAGGGUCUGUGGGAGCCAGAUCUGUCACCCGAGGAUCUUUUCGAGACCAUCUCCCAAGCUCUAUUGGCCGCGGUGGACCGUGACGCACUUAGUGGCUGGGGAGCCCAAGUGUACAUCAUCGAGAAAGAUAAGGUUACCCAGCGUCUGCUGAAGGGACGACAGGAUUAA